AUGAUGCCAAAUCCAUCCUCCAAUGCUGCCGUGAGUGACAAUGGCGUGAAUUUCUUCGAUAAUGCCGAGGUCUACGCCAAUGGCCAAGCCGAGGAGAUCAUGGGACAGGCGAUUAAGGAACUGGGCUGGAGAAGAUCCGACCUCCUGAUUUCUACCAAGAUUUUCUGGGGCGAAGGAUCGGGUCCAAACGACAAGGGUCCUGAUUUGUGUACUCCAAUUGAGGAGACUGUGAGGGCUAUGAACUAUGUGAUUGAUAAGGGAUGGGCAUUUUAUUGGGGUACUAGUGAAUGUUCUGCUCAGCAGAUUACUGAGGCUUGGGCCGUGGCUGAGAGAUUGGAUCUUGUGGGUCCCAUUGUUGAGCAGCCUGAGUAUAAUCUAUUCACCAGGCAAAAGGUCGAGUUGGAUUAUCUCCCUCUUUACAACAAAUAUGGUCUUGGUCUUACCACAUGGAGUCCGCUUGCAUCCGGCUUCUUGACCGGGAAGUAUAACUCGGGAAAUAUUCCAUCUGAUAGUAGGUUUGCCUUGGAAAAUUAUAAGGGAUUAGUCGAGUUGUCGGUUGGCUUUGUAUAUACUGCAAUAAUUUUGAAAGAUUAUUUGGCUCUGAGGAAGAUAAUUGCAAGCCUCCCGCAGCUUUGUGAACCGGCUAAGAUCCAUACUGAAUCAGUUUCAGUUGCUGAGAAAGCUAAGGCUGAUGCCAUUUCUGCUGUGAAUUGUGAUUGA